GAACCAAGGACUCACAGACUGGACUUCCUGGAACUCAGGGGGAUGGAUAAAUUGGGACAGAUCAUCUCCUUAGGCCAGCUCAUCUAUACAAAGUGCGAAGAGAUGAAGUACUGUCGGAAACAGUGCCAGCGUCUAGGGAACCGCGUGCAUGGCCUGCUCCAGCCUCUCCAGAGGCUCCAGGACCAAGGAACAAACAACCUGCCGGAUGAUAUAACUGCUGCCCUGGGCCGUUUUGAGGCUGUCCUGAAGGAGGCCAGGCAGCAGAUAGAAAAGUUCAGCAAUAAGGCCAGCCUUUGGAAGUUUGUAACUGCGGGCAGUGACAAGAUACUCUUCCAUGAAGUGAAUGAGAGGCUGAGAGAUGUCUGGGAGGAGCUCCUGCUGCUGCUUCAGGUUGAGCAACGGAACUCUGUUUCAAGUGCCGGCCAAAGAGCAUCCUGGCUGCAGGAAGAUCAACAGGAUGCAGAGGAGGAUGGAAAUGAAAGUAUGCGAGCUAUCUUGAUGCAGAUGAGAAUUGACAUGGAAGAAAUCAAGGAAACUCUGAAGCAACGCUCACUAAAACCCACACAGGAGAUCCCACAGGAGCAAAUCAAGGAGAUUAAGAAGGAACAUCUUGUCAGAUCUCCAUGGAUCUUACUGAAGAAAAAUAACCUGAGCACCCUUUAUAGAGGAGAGUACCACAGAUCUCCAGUCACCAUCAAAGUAUUCAACAACCCCCAGGCCGGAAGUGUUGGAAUAGUGAGGCACACGUUCAAUAAUGAGAUCAGAACCAUGAAGAAAUUUGAUUCCCCCAACAUCUUGCGUAUAUUUGGGAUUUGCAUUGAUGAAACAGUGAAGCCCCCUGAGUUCUCCAUUGUCAUGGAGUACUGUGAACUUGGAACCCUGAGGGAACUGCUGGAUAAAGAAAAGGACCUCACUAUGAGCGUGCGCAUCCUCCUAGUCCUGGGAGCAGCCAAAGGCUUAUACAGGCUACACCACUCAGAAACAUUUCAACUGCACAGAAACAUCAACAGCUCCAGCUUCCUGGUAACUGGAGACUACAAUGUAAAGCUUGCAGGAUUUGAAUUAAGUGAAACACGGGCUUCUAUCAGUCGGAGGACAAAAACCACUAAAGCAGAGAAAGUCAGUUCAAUAGCAUAUGUCUCACCUCAGAGACUGAAAAAUGUGUAUCAUAAAUACGACAGAGACGCUGAAAUAUAUAGCUUUGGAAUCGUGCUCUGGGAAAUUGUCACUGGAAAGACCCCGUUUGAAGGCUGUGAUUCUGAGAAGAUCUACAAGCUGGUAGCUGAGGAUCAGAAGCAGGAGCCAGUGGGUGAAGAUUGCCCCAAGCUAUUGCAGGAGAUCAUUGAUGAGUGUCGGGCCCAUGAGCCCUCCCAACGGCCCUCUGUGGAUGAAAUCUUAGAGAGACUGUCUGCAAUUAACUGAAGUUAUGUAUUCAAACCUAAACUGAAGAUUCCCUGGACAAGAAGCUGGAAGAGGCACAAAUUGGACAUUUGUCCUUCAUAUCUGCUAGUAUCAAGUUUUGCUGGGUGCAAAAUUCUUUUUUCUUGUCAAUAGGGUAUCACCAUGUAGUCCUGUCUAUCUUGGA